AUGAAGAUGAAGACGCCAAAGAUGGACGAUAGCCUCACGAUUGAAGAUCAAGAAUUGAGCGGGAAGGCGAACGCUAUGGAGCGUUCCAGUGCACCCUCACUCAUCUUUUCCCAUGAAGCAAUUGACAAGAAGCUCGGAUCUAUGUGGUGCUCGUCAACGAAAUUCGGGAGAGUCUUACUGAAGCCUCCGCUGGGUCUAAACACGACGACUGUGUGCUAA